AAGAAGAAGUUUACCGGAAGUGAUCCAGCUAGCUCGUUCGGGAGGGAAGUGCAGUGUUUCGCUAGCUGUGUGUGCGGGUAGAGAAAAGCUUCCCGGCUGUUUGCUGUCGAGUUAAAACUUUAGUUUUCUGUCCGCCAUGGCGUACCAGCUGUACAGGAACACGACGCUGGGGAACAGCCUGCAGGAGAGUCUGGACGAGCUGAUCCAGACCCAGCAGAUCACUCCCCAGCUGGCCCUGCAGGUCCUGCUGCAGUUUGAUAAAGCCAUCAACACGGCGCUGGCCAACCGGGUCCGAAACAGAGUCAACUUCAAGGGGUCGCUCAACACCUACCGCUUCUGCGACAACGUGUGGACGUUCGUCCUGAACGACGUGGAGUUCAGGGAAGUGACGGACCUGGUGAAGGUGGACAAAGUCAAGAUCGUCGCCUGUGACGGCAAGAACACGGGAUCCAACGCCACCGAGUGACGCUGGGCGGAGCCUCCACCGGACGGGACUGUACAUAUAAUUUAUUACAGUGAUUUCUGUAAAGAAGAGCAAAACCUGUGUAAAUAAACCGGAGCUGAAGUCGGAGACCAGUCGGGCCUUGGAAGUGCAUGGAUUUUGUUUUGUUUUUGUUUUUUAAUAUGUUUGUUAGUUCUGAGUUUUGAGUUAGUUAUUACUGGGCGGGAUCAUCUUUAAUAAAACUGUAUUUAAACCACG